AUGUUGAGGCAACACUUUUCCUACGAGCUGGUUCGCUACACGCAGGGCCCCUCCGCCUUGCUUCCCAAACAAGCGGAGGAGAGCAGGCCGGACUUUGCGGCGGAGCAGUUCCAGGCGCGAUCCGGGACCGGGACCGGGACCGGGACCCCCCGGGCGGGCGGCAGCAAGAGCGAGCAGCAGCUGCUGCGGAGAAAGAUCAACAGCCGCGAGCGGAAGCGGAUGCAGGACCUCAACUUGGCCAUGGACGCGCUGCGAGAGGUGAUCCUGCCUUACUCGACGGCCCAUUGCCAGAGCUCGCCCGGGCGGAAGCUUUCCAAAAUCGCCACGCUGCUCUUGGCUCGGAAUUACAUUCUUUUGCUGGGAAGCUCGUUGCAAGAGCUCCGGAGAAUCAUCGGGGAGAUUAGCGGCUCCUCGGGUCCCAGGCUGCUGCUGGCUGGACUGCCUCUCUUCGCCGCCGCUGCCGCCGCCGCGGUGGGCCCGGGCCCGGUGCUGCUAACGCCGGGGAUCGGGAGCCACCACCACCACCUGCCCCACCACCACCACCACCCGGACAGGCUGCGACCGGCCAGCAAAUACCUCUCGGCGGCGGCCCUGGAGGAGCAACCGUGCGGCCACGUGCCCGUCCCCGAUGGGGCUACCCUUUGCUCCUGCGCCGCUUGCAAGUUCCCUCAUUUGUUUCCUUCCGGCUUCGGGGUGGCCGCGGUGCAGACGCAGUUUUCCAAAUGA